GGGAGAAGACGCGCGCGUCGAGAGCGUGAGCUCGCCUGUGAGACGGGGACUAGCACCGCCGUUCGCUGACUCUGCUCCGGGCCGUCUCCCGUGGCCCGAGGCCGCCUGUCGCCUCCUGCCCGCCCGCCGGCCGCAGAGCCGCGCCUGCGCAGCGUCCCCGGCCCGAGCAGGCGGUGCCGGCGGCCAUGGCGCACCGCUGCCUGCGGCUGUGGGGCCGGGGAGGCUGCUGGCCCCGCGGCCUGCCCCCACUGCUCGUGCCUGGUGGCCGCAUGGGCCCCACCGAACGGUCCUGCCUCCGGACGCUUUAUCAAUAUGCUACAACUCAGGCAACAACCAGCAGAAAUUCUCUUCUGACAGAUGUAAUUGCUGCUUAUCAAAGAUUCUGUUCUCGACCUCCAAAAGGAUUUGAAAAAUACUUUCCUAAUGGAAAAAAUGCAAAAAAAGCUAGUGAACCUAAAGAAGUUACUGGAGAGAAAAAAGGUACCUUUUAAAAAGAUUAUGUUUGA